GGGAGGCUGGGGACGGACUGUCAUUUGCUGAAGAGUGCCAACGUUGCAUCAGCGGGGCACGCUCAGCAAAUCCACCGCUUCUAAUCCCCGCGCAAGCCGCUCACGUGCCCGGCGGUGGCGGUGGUGGGAGUUUUGCGCGUUCGCUCCCCGGCGGUUGUUGAGGUUUUUCUGGAAUCGCCCUCCACGCAACCCAACCGCGUUGGGGUUUGGUUGGGUUUUGCGACGCGCUCCCCCCCUGCGGAGCGAUGGGUGCGUGGCGAGUUGCGUCUCCCACCGAGCCACCGGAUUCACGCCGCACGUGGAGCCUUCGCCUGCCUCUGUUUGCCGCGCUGCUCGUGCCAGCGGCUGCUCUGACGGCGCCUGUCCCGCCACUUGGAGUUCGCGAUGAGUUCUGGGAGGGCAGCUCGCCGCUGUGCUGGGGACACUGCCGUGACCCCUACCGCGCCGUGCAGAGCGACCCCUGCGGAGACGGAGCCUGCUGCUGGGUCGGACGCAAGACGCUCUGCCGGGUGAACUGCGGACCGCCGGGCCACGUGCAGAACGGGGUCGCGUACGGCAACGACUGGUGGGUGUUCUCCGUGGUGCGCUACCGCUGCGCGCCGGGCUUCGUCAUGGUCGGCGCACCGACUCGCACGUGCCUGCCUGCGGGGCACUGGAGCCCCCAGCCCACCUGCGCACGUGCCUGCUCGUCUGGCUUGUUGGACGUGGACAUGGCACGCCUGGCUGGCGGGUGUCCGCCUCGGUGCCCCGCGGGCGCCUUCGACGCGCCGAGCGCGGCGCAGCUCGGCUGCAGCCGCCUCGCGCGCUGCACCGACACGCGCCACGAGUGGCUCCGCUGGGCGUCCUCCCCGUGUGCACGAUGCCUCUGCCGCUGCUUCGUGCCGUGCGGCCACACCGGAGCGCCUCCUCCCGUGCAAGACCUGCUGGAGGGCGAGCACGUGGAGCCCGACUACUGAGCCUCCCCCCCCCCUACGAUCAUUAGUGGAGCCAGUGGGGGGUGGGGUGGCAAGUGCCCCCCCCCCCCCAAUGAUCCGAUCGAAAUCCCUAAUUUCGAUCGGAUCUUUGGGGUUUAUUCGUAAUAAAUCGGCAUUUUGCGACCCACACUGCCACUGUGUAGCAAAUUAUUAUGUGCCAGGGACUCUUUGAGAUGAUAGGCCAAUAUGGUAGUAGCUUUU